UCAGUUAGCUCGCAGUCGUAAUUCGCUCUGUCGUUCAACGCUAUUGCAUGAUCGCGAACAUCUGCUAACUAACACGUCAUCAUCGUCAUCGUUGUUAUCGUUAUCGAAAGGAAGAUGAAACCGAUCUUAUCUCGAUGCUAACUCUAGACAUUUUUGGCAUCAUCCGGCAAUGAUGACGGACGCAGCAUUCCUGGGAAACGUCUUCGUGCUUGUUAUCGAUUGAUUGAUCAGAUUGACUGAUCAGACAAGGAAUUGGAUCCCGUAUUACUAGGACGAGGACGAACGAUGUUUCAUAAAGCCACGUAAGGAUCGCGCGUGUCUGUCUUCUUUCUCUUCACUUUUCUUUCGUCGAGGAAGACGGAAAGAGAAGGAGCUAAGAUGUGCUCGAGAUCGUUCCUACUGUGCGUCCUCGGCAUCAUUGCUGUCAUCAACGAAUCCGAAGCCAGCUGGGAGGAAUGGUGGACAUACGAUGGUAUUUCUGGACCUUCGUUUUGGGGUUUGAUAAAUCCUCAGUGGUCUCUUUGCACUAAAGGAAGGCGGCAGAGUCCCAUCAACAUCGAGCCGGACAAGUUGCUUUUCGAUCGUCACUUGAGACCGGUGCACGUCGACAAACACAGGAUUUCCGGACACUUACAUAAUACUGGACAAUUCCUGGUAUUCAGAGCAGACAGGGAGGCGAAGAUACGAGUUAAUAUAACGGGUGGCCCUCUCGCCUAUCACUAUCAGUUUGAAGAAAUAUAUAUUCACUACGGAAUGGAUGAUGGUCAUGGUUCCGAGCAUCGUAUUAAUAACUAUGCUUUUCCCGCUGAAAUACAAGUCUAUGGCUUUAACGCCGAACUGUAUCACAACAUGAGUGAGGCACAGCAUAAAAGUCAGGGGCUGGUGGCGAUUUCGUUAAUGGUGCAGCUCGGUGAGACGUUAAAUCCCGAACUGCAGAUCAUCACCAGCGUGUUCAAUAAGGUCAUAUAUCGAGGGGACACCGCACCCGUGCGCUACCUGUCUCUGAAAAGCCUUCUACCGGACACCACCGGUUACAUGACUUACGAGGGCAGUACAACGCAUCCCGGUUGUUGGGAAACGGCGGUCUGGCUGAUCCUCAACAAACCAAUCUACAUCACGGCCCGAGAGCUGUACGCCCUGAGGAAAUUAAUGCAGGGACCCUCCACCACGCCGAAAGCGCCUCUCGGUAACAAUUCCAGACCGCUGCAGGGUCUUCAUUAUAGAACCGUGCGAACAAAUAUCGAUUUUGCCAAGCGGGGAAACGCCAAGUGCCCGUCGAUGGCGCAGGACAUGCAUUAUAGAGAUGACUUUUUCCUUCCAGCCAACACGUGGCGGGACGACGGAUCCCUAUCGCACAACGUAGUCUGAGGCCAUCCCGCGGCAGGACCACAAGAGAGGACUUUUCUUUAAAGGAAUAAAACGAAAUAAGUUCACAUGUGGUGCGAAGGAGAAAGAAGGAUGCUGAUGGAAAAAGCUAUAAUUUCUAACGGGAGAAUGAAGAAAUUGUGUCGUGGCUGUGUGAAAAAAAGAUAGAACGUAAAUUUUUGAAUAAGUAAGCCGACGCGAAAUGAGAAUACCCUUUAUUCUCAAAAUGGACACAAAAUGUUGUAUUGUAAUCUACUAUGUUAUGCAGAAGUUACAUGU